AACUGUAAUUGCCGUUGUUCCCUUGGAAACCAAAAGCAGCAGCCAGACUGAUCAUACCAACCAGACGUACUGAACAUCUGCUGAACGAGCUGGAUCACAAAUGGAGGACAUUCAGGUGGACGAUGGGACUCAGAGCGUCUCAGUGACGUCUUCACCAGAGAAUUAUAGUGGCAUCAACAGGAACAAAAUUAAUAAUGACUCUAUGAGCAGAGCUGACGACAGAAAAAGUGACGAACCGUCCCAUUCUGAAGAGGACAAACAACAAUUUGGGACCCUUUCAACUUUUCCUAAUCUGGUUAUCAAAACUGGAAAGAAGACUUACGUCUGUGACAGGUGUGGGAAUAAUUUCCUUAAGAAAACACAGUUGAUAGUCCAUCAACGCAUCCACACUGGAGAGAGGCCAUACAGUUGUGACCACUGUGAGAAGAGUUUCAUUCACAAACAAAGACUGAUGACCCAUCAACACAUUCACACUGGACAGAGGCCAUAUAGUUGUGACCACUGUGAGAAGAGUUUCAUUAACAAACAAAGACUGAUGACCCAUCAACGCAUUCACACUGGAGAGAGGCCAUACAGUUGUGACCACUGUGAGAAGACUUUCAUUCACAAACAAAAUCUGAUGUCCCAUCAACACAUUCACACUGGACAGAGGCCAUAUAGUUGUGACCACUGUGAGAAGAGUUUCAUUAACAAACAAAGACUGAUGACCCAUCAACGCAUUCACACUGGAGAGAGGCCAUACAGUUGUGACCACUGUUAGAAGGGUUUUACUGCGAAAGCACACUGAUGUCCCAGCAACACAUUCACAGUGGAAAGAGGCUAUACAGUUGUGACCAGUGUGGGAGGAGUUUUAUUCAGAAAGGACAUUUCAUACUCCAUCGGUAUGGCUGCAUAAGAGAGAGUCUGACCAUGCCAUGUCUGAAUAGGAAGUGGUGUUUUUCAGAAGCCAAUCACCAGGAUACAAUGAUCAGCUUGGAAUGCAUGUAAACAGUUUCAAUAUAAUUCAUCACAAAAGCAA